ACCAGGUUGGGAGCCUCUCUACAUUCUACUCCUACCGCAAACCACAGAUUAAAGGCCUCAUGAGCAGAAUAUAAUAGGGAUUAAACAAAUGAAUGAAUGGGAUAAGCAGCAGGUGAAUGGGAAAGCACUAAUGAUUCCUUUCCAAUCUCAUCAUCCCAUCCCUAUCUAUCUUAAUACUACCACUGUUCACCAUUUAUCACAGGGAAUAAUUGUCCCCCUUCCACGGUUCCACCCCAUAUAAAUCCUCUCAUCAUGGCCUUGCCCUCCCCUCUCACCAUAGCUCACAAGCCGCACACGCAGCAAUAGCCAGCACUUGUUCUUCUUCUUGUUGUCGUUCUUGGAGGAGGGUCUCACAAGCCAAGCAAAAGAAGAGAUGGAGCUGGACGAGCAGGCCUUCUUGGAGGAGAUCCUCUCCCUGAGGAGGGACGCGUGGGAGUGCAAUGCCAUGGGGGACUUCUUCUCCUCGCCCUGCACCGCCGCCAUGGACUGCUCCUUCCAAGAACGCCACCAGCCGCCACCAACUGUGAGCGUCCUCCCCACAUUCACAGCUUCCUACGAGCAGCCGCAGCCGGCGGCGCACGGGUUCGACUACCUCAGCGAGGUCUACGGCGCCGCCGCGUUCGGCGACCCCAAUGCCAGCGACUAUGGCAGCGAGAUGGGGUUUCUUGAUAUCAUCGAGCCCAAGGCGCCUCUGGUGGAGGGCGGUGGCCUUGGGGUCUGCAAGGUGGAGCCCGGGCUGGCGGAGAGCGGCGGGGCGUUCAGCGCCGGCGCUGCGCCACCGGCCCCGGCGUCGAAGAAGAAGAGGGUGGAGGGCAUGCCGUCCAAGAACCUGAUGGCCGAGCGCCGCCGCCGCAAGCGCCUCAACGACCGCCUAUCUAUGCUUCGGUCCGUCGUGCCCAAGAUCAGCAAGAUGGACCGGACAUCGAUUCUUGGCGACACGAUCGACUACAUGAAGGAGCUACUGGAGAGGAUCAAGCUGCUGCAGGAGGAGAUCGACGAGCAGCAGGAGACGCCGGGCGUGCUCAGCGUGUUCCGGGAGCUCAACCCCAACGAGAUGGUCACCAAGAACACCCCCAAGUUCGACGUGGAGAGGAAGGAGGGCGGCGAGACCCGGGUGGAGAUCUACUGCGCGGCGAAGCCUGGGCUGCUGCUGUCGACGGUGAGCACGCUCGACACGCUGGGGCUCGACAUCCAGCAGGCCGUCGUCAGCUGCUUCAACGACUUCGGCAUGCACGCCUCCUGCUCCGAGAUGCAGAGGGAAAGGAUCAGCGCGGACAUGAUAAAGCAGGAGCUGUUGAAGAACGCCGGCUAUGGCGGAGGCUGCUUGUAGAGAGAACUAGAGGAGGAAGAAGAAGAGAGCAGCAAUAAAUUAAGCAGUAGUGGUGGUAGCAGUAGCAGUAGCAGCAGUCAGUAGAGCAGGCAGGCAGGAUUGAAAAGGCAGAGGCAGAUUUGGGAGGCCCUUUUGCAAUCGAUCUCCCCAUGAUAACCCAUGUUAUGUAGUACUGUAUCACGCUGUGAUGAAUCUUCUCCUAUUAGCAAAAAGGGUAGCUUGCUGCCUUUUUAAUGAUUGAUCAGUUCUGCUUUUCGCAGUUUUUUUAAUGAGGAGUUCCUCAGCUCUGUUCAUGGUUUGUAUCAAAGAAACGUGUUAAAAUGUUUAGUUCAGUUUCUGAUUUGGCCCUA